CAAUUCCGUCAAUCUAUCAGAUUUUUAUUGAUCGUCAUAGUACCUACAUUUAUGAGACAUUACAAUAUAACACUCGAAAAUAAAUAUCUAAUAAUUUUAAUUUUUGAGGCAACCUAAAAAUGGAAUCGUUAGCGAAAAUGAAUGUGCCCGAAGAUAAUCCUAAAACGAAUGCUCAUAGAGUGACAAAAACCAUCGUCACAUCUCCGAAAAUUUACAAACCCGUUGGGCCUUACAGUCAAGCUAUUCUUACUGAUAAAACCCUGUACGUGUCCGGAGUGCUGGGUCUAGAUAUGGAGGCGCAGUUAGUGUGUGGAGGCGCGGAAGCCGAGACGCGGCAGGCGUUGGACAACCUGAGGCACGUGCUGGAGGCCGGCGGGGCUUCUCUCGAGUCAUGUGUCAAAACCACAAUACUUCUCGGCAAUAUGGAUGAUUUUGCAAAUGUAAAUGAAGUCUAUGCAGAAUAUUUCCCGAAAGACUACCCGGCUAGGGCGACGUAUCAAGUGGCCAAGCUGCCCAUGGGUGCCGCAGUGGAGAUCGAGGCAAUCGCCCUCAGCGGGGACCUCGUGGUAGCCGAGGCGGGCCCGUGUCCUUGCGCCCGCACUUAGGAAUCUCAAACACAACAUUAGAAUCCGCACCGUGUGGCGUUACUGAAAACAACAACGUGGCCUACAUAUUAUUGAUAGUUUCUCAUCUCUAUAUCUUCGUGGUGCGGUCUCUAUGUUCGAAUCGAUUGCAUGAGUAUCAGCAUUUGAUUACUUUACUUUUAUUAUAUAUUUUAAUAUAUAUCUACCAUAUUUGCCACAUAAAUAGGUAGUACCUAUUGUUAUAAUUGCAUUUACACCGUGGCGCAUUUUCUAGAACAUAACUAAUUAGCUAACUUUGAAUAUAUUUCGAUAAUUAUUGACUGAUUAAUUAUUUUAAUACUUAUUGAAGGUUCCGUACGUAUUCUAUCCGACUUUCUUUCUGUUAUUCAUAAAAACGUUAGCAUAGGUACUUAUGUCACUUUCGCACUUUAUAAUAUUUGCCAUUAACAGAAAGAGACAAAACGUACUUUAAGUAUGUUUUAACUUUUUUAUGAAUAUCAGGGUUGAUAAAUGUACAUCUGCGCAAUAAUAAUAUUCUAAUACUAUAGUUAUUAAUACACAUAUAGAUGUCGAAUCGCAUCAAAGAAAUGGGGUACACAUGUGGUUAUGUUAAUAUUACUAAUUCAGCCGAGCGAGCAGCUUUAUUAUUAUGUGUAAUUUACCCUUUGCCCACGCAUUGCCAGUGCAAAUAAAAAUUUUUUUAACCUUCACCUUUUUGCUUGGAGAGAAGCUUUUUUGACAUUGGAAUCCUCAUGCAUUUAACUCGUAUGCUAUAGGAUUAACCGUCCUUCAUCUGGCAGUCGGCAGUCGAAGGAUGAAGGAUUUUGAAAGUGCUCACAAAAAUAUGUAUUGUUGAGAUUAAGACACGUUUCUGACUAAAAUCAGAUAGCAACAUUUGUGGAAAAGACCUUCGUAUGUAUGUGGGGCUUGAUUCUGCUAAAAAUCACACGGUGUCAACAGCACCACCCCUAUAUCUUCUUCAUCCAUUCCGUGUCGGCUUCACAUGCUCCAAUAGCUCCGACGCUUCUGCGCUCUGGCGGCGGCGCGGCAGCUUUAACCUUGACAGCUGGGCCAUCAUCACCACCACAUCACGGUGCGCUCUCCCAAUCCGACGUGAGCAUUUCGUGUUAGCAAGCUUUUUAAGUCAUGUAGCCCAAUCCUAAUCUUGGGACGGUGAUUUAAUUAACAUUUUACUCUAGGUUCAAAAUACACACAUCCUUGCACGUUUUUAAUACGAGUAUAUUGUUAUUGAUAUAAUGUAGGUCGGGGACCUUUCAACUACAGUCGGCCUCAGCCCAAAGAAUGUGCGUGUGGAUGGUUGAUUUAGCACGUUGUUAACAGCCGAUUCCGAACAAUCCGGCCAGUCAAAACAUCGGGGUUUAUGACCAACUUUGCCUUAUAUAUGUUGAUAUGUUGGUAACCUACCAAUAUAUAUAAGCGAGACUUUAUAAUUGACCGAUCACCGAAGACCUUUUGUGCUUUGACAGUAUGUUUUUGUAUAAAACGAACUAGCACUUGCGUUGCAAUAAUUACACAAAAUGCAUCUUGGUAAUGCACACUUAGGCAUCUACUUAAUUCCAAACCAUUCAUUUAAAAAUUUCAUUAGGCAUUUAAGUAUGUUCAAGUAAGUACCUAUUCAUCUUUAUACAGGUAUUGAGUUGUUAACUUGACUUUAUGACGAAAGUAUUUCAAAGUAUUAUGUAAGUACUUUAUUCUCUAUAUUUUCUAUCCUUAUCAAUACUAGCAACACUUGACCGUGAUUUGUUCGUUGGUUACUUAUAAAAAAUAAGAUACUUAACUAUUUUAAAUUGUGACCUAGAGUGGGUGGUCAUGAAACCCACGAGCAGCACAUUUAGCGCGCACCCAGGGGGCGGGGCGGUAUAAUUUAUACAACAGAAAGUUGAGGUUUUGCGUGAACUACAAACAGCUGUAUUUAAGGACAAAGGGCUAUGAUUGCCUCUAAGCUCUAUUUGAGUAUGGGUUUGGACCAAAAAAUGGCAAUAGAGUAUUCAAACUUAGAGUAGGAAUUAGUUUUGUGUAAUAUCUUUGAAUAAGUCGUACUAAUAUUAUAAAUGCGAAAGUUUGUUAGGAUGUGUAUAUGUAUGUUUGUUAUUUUUUCUUUCUUGGUACAUGGGUAGAAUAGAACUUUAAAUAAUACAUAGAGUUUAUCCCGAAAUUCCCACGGGAGCGAAGCUCCGGGGCGCAGCUAGUCAGUAUAUAUAGGAUAUCAUCAGAAGAAUAGAUUGUCGGAAAUUUUAUAUUCCUACCAGUAAACUGGUCAUGGUAUCAUGGAUCAUCGUCAUGGUAUCUUGUCCGUGCAGUAAAUCGUUGAGGAGUUUCUCGUUGGGCCCCGAUUGUGGGUGGAAAAAGCACACGCAGGUGUAGUUUUUGAUAUUUAAUUAAAAAUGACUAGUGUCAUACUCAAAACAACAAUUUUUGGGGGUCCCCUUACUUAGAACUGAAACUCAAAAAAAUAUUUUUAUAUGUAGUACGGGGUAUUUUAUGGAUAGGUCUUCAAAAAUUAUAUUGAGGUUUCUAAUAUAUAUUUUUUCUAAACUUAAUAGUUUGCGGACACUUCCAAAGUGUUAUAAUGUGUGUCCCCUUUUAUGUUAUGUUACUUGGUGCUACGGAACCAUUUAUGGGCGAAUCCGACUCGCACUUGACCGCUUUUUUAAAUAGAACAUUGAGAUAUACCUAGUCCAAAUACCAGCUAGACUGAACAUACAGAUACAAAUCAUAUUAAAGUAGGUACAUUUUAUCUCGGCUGACUAAAUAAAGCCGAUUAUCGUUUAUUUUGAAAGUGAAAAGAAAGGCAGUAAAAUUAUGCGCGUCAGUGUAAUGGAAUGUACCUACUAUGUUCGUUUAAUUGGAAAAACGCGAUGGGGGUGCGAGGUCAGUUGAGUGGACUCCCUCCACUAAUAGGUAGCUCUACGAUACGAUCUCUGAGAGCGCGCGCGGGCAGUAGGGUUAGGCUGGUGCGGGCGGCUGGUCUGGGCGUCCGGGCCACGGCCGCGUCGCAAACCGCCGACUACACAUCAACAUCUUCAACUAUUUAGUAUCGGCACCCACAUGCCUGUAUAGACUUCCCAACAUGGGCUGUACAAGCAGCUCUCCAAAUAUGGUCACUGCCCAUGCUAAUCCCACAG